CCCUGGGCGGUCUCGCGGGAGCUGGUAGGCCGCGGCCGUGGCGAAGGGGCGGGCGCAGGGCGGCAGUGGCGGCGGGGCCGAGCGGGAGACGCCGCCCCUGGGAAGCCAGCGGCGCGGGAGGCUCCUGGCCCCGGCCGCCAUUCCCGCCCGCCCGCCCGCCUGCCUGGCCGAUGGAGGAGGAGCCGCCGCCGCCGCCGCCGCCGUGCCCGGCCUGAGCGGGAAGCCGGAGAGCCGCGCCGCGGGCUGAGGAGGGAGGCAGGCCGGCCGGCCCCAGCAUGGUGGAGUAUAUUGUGGAAUAUGAUUAUGACGCCGUGCACGACGACGAGCUAAGCAUUCGAGUGGGUGAAAUCCUCAGGAAUGUGAAAAAACUGGAAGAGGAAGGAUGGCUGGAGGGGGAGCUGAACGGGAAACGGGGCAUGUUUCCUGACAACUUUGUCAAGGAGGUGAAGAAGGAGCCAGAACCUAAAGACGAUUGCUUGCCAGUCAAGAGGGAGAGACAAGGGACUGUCGCCAGCCUCGUUCAGCGGAUGAGCACCUACGGGCUGCCCACGGGCGCCUUCCAGCCCCAUUCCCAGUCGAAAGGCUUCCGAAAGAAAUCAAAAAAGCGGCAGUGUAAAGUUAUGUUUGAAUACACUCCUCAAAACGAGGACGAGUUGGAGCUGAAACUAGGAGAUGUUAUAGACAUUAAUGAAGAGGUGGAAGAAGGUUGGUGGAGCGGAACGCUGAGCGGAAAAGCAGGAAUGUUUCCUUCAAACUUCGUGAAGGAGCUGGAAGUAUCAGAUGACGGAGACUCCCAAGAAGCCUGCUCAGAUGACGCCGAGGCUGGCCCCAUCUCACCUGUCACUUCGCCAGGAAACGGGAACGAGUCUGGAACUACACAAAUAGCACAGCCAAAGAAAAUCCGAGGAGUUGGCUUUGGAGACAUUUUCAAGGAAGGUUCGGUGAAGCUCAAGACCAGAUUGCCCAGCAAUGACUCAGAAGAGAAGAAGCAAGAGAAGCCAUUGCCUAACCAUCCCCCUGGACCGAAGCUCACCCAGGUUCCCGGUGUAACCAAAUCAGAAACAGAGGUAGCAAAAGCAGAUACGGAAGCCAAACAAAAAGUUCAGGACUAUUGCAAAACCUUGUUUGCCUACGACGGCGCCAACGAGGAUGAGCUUAGUUUUAAGGAAGGUGAUGUUAUCCAAAUAAUAAGUAAGGAUACUGGAGAGCCGGGAUGGUGGAAAGGGGAACUUAAUGGCAGAGAAGGUGUUUUCCCAGACAACUUUGCUGUGCAGAUCUAUGAAUCGGAUAAAGAGUUUCCUAAGCCGAAGAAACCGCCGCCUCCUGUGAAAAGCCCAGGCCCAAAGCCAGAGCUUCCAUGUGUGGAGAAGAGAUUUCCUCCUAAGAAUGAAGAAAAAGAUGAAAAAGCAGCCUUGGAUCAGAAAGCACCAAAACCGGCAGCUCCUCAAGUACCCCCCAAGAAACCUGCCCCUCCAAACAAGCUGAAUAACAUAUUAAGAGCCGGGAUGUUACACCCAAAACGGCCAGAUAAGCCAGUCAUGCAGCCGUUGGUAUCCAAAGCAAACGGAGAACUAGUUUCCUUAAGACCAAAAUCAGAGAUUGAGCCUGCAGCAAAACCAAAGUCCGACUCAGAGCAGUUGCCACUGAGACCAAAAUCCGUAGAGGUAGAUUCAGUUGCAAUAAAGAGCUCAAAAGAAAUGGAUCUUUUAUGUUUUGAUGACAUACUCGCUACCUCAGAUAAUUUAUCACAUCCCACAGCAAAUAGGCCAAAGAUGCCAGGCAGACGGCUGCCCGCUCGCUUCAACGGCAAUAAUUCUACAACUCCAAAUGCAAGCAUAGAAAAAAGUGUGAAGGUGCAUAAAGAGGAGGAAGAGAGUGCCAAAGUAAAGCCAUUUGAGGUUAAAAAGCCAUCCAUAUUUACUUCAACGCGUCUGUCUUCAUCACCGAACUCUGUUGUCCUCUCCGGUUCUCCAGGAGAACCAAAACCUAAACAGGAAGCAGACGAAGGGGCAAAGCCUUCAGUGGAAGAGCUCAAGGCCCAGAUCUUCGAGCUCUUGAUGAUUGUAGAAACACUGAAAAAAGAACACGGGAAAGAACUGGAAAGGUUGAAAAAAGACUUGGCGGAAGAGAAGCAGAUGCGAAAUAACCUAGAGGUGGAAAUAGAAAAGCUCAAGAAAGCCGUCUUGACAACAUGAAAGCUCUAUAAACUGUUCAUCCUUAACAUGUCAGGAACUCAGAAUGAAGUUGAUCUUCCUACUUCGAACCAAUGAAUGCUAGCAUUCCAUUUUUAAACAAAUAAAUGGAUAUAAAUUGUAUAUUCAAUGCGCUAAGAGAAAAAAAAUGGAUUACUUUUUUGUUCUUUUGUUUCUUGCCAAUGUAGGAGCGGCCUUAUUUCUUACUGUGCUGGAAUCGCAGACCUUUAUUUUCUUGGUUUGCUUGGAAAUACUACUGAAUCUGUAUAAAGAGGAAAGGGCAAAGGGGGUUCUUAAUAAAUUUUUAUCAAUACCCAUA